AUGUCGUUCCCUCAGACCACGCCUCUGCGGCCCUUGCCAGGCGCGUUCUUGAACACGCCUGCGGUGGCUUCGAGAUUUCAGUCUGGCUCUGACCCCGUGCGACGACAGCUAUUUCCGCCCCCUUCUAGUCAUCAACCUGGCGGCCAGGCUGGUGGAAAUUUGGCCUCUGGCGGGUUAUGCGCAACGGCGACAAAUGGCGGUGGUUUAGUUUCGUCGAGGUCCUCAACGGCUCUGACGCCGGCGAAUGCUGCUGGAGAUGCUGGCUUGGCUGCUUCCAAUCCGCCGCCGACGCCGCGGUUUGAAAAUGUGCCCCCAGUCGUGAAGGCUGCAAAGGCUAUUAAUGCCUUUUUACAAGCGGACGAGAGUUUCCCGGACCUGGAUUCGUAUUGCAGGCAGGGUGCUUCUUCCGAUUAUGAGCUCCCGAGAUCCGAAUCGUCUUGGGCCCCUUUCCACAAGACGCAAAUGUAUCCGAUUCCGAACCAAGUAUUCGAUCAUUACAAUGCGGGAGAACUUCAAACCUUGAUGGGGUUGUUUGCCGAGAUUAACCACGCCUGGGUUGUUAUUGACAAUUCCUUGUACCUGUGGGAUUACACUCACGCCGACCCUGAGCUGAUCGGAUUCGAAGAACAAACGCAUACUAUCCACGCAGUCGCACUGGUACCUCCGAAGCCGGGCAUUUUUGUCAAGACAAUUACACAUAUUCUUGUCGUCGCUACGUCAUCGGAGAUGAUCCUACUUGGUCUAUCAGCUACAGAAACGCCUGCUGGUACCAAGUCUGUCGCGCUAUAUCAGACCAAGAUGAACCUACCUCUGCGUGGCAAUGAUGUUCGCGUAAUUUCGGGAUCAGCCGAUGGCCGGAUCUUCUUUGGCGGUAGCAGCGACAUCGAUAUCAACGAGGUUUACUACCAAUCUGAGGAAAAGUGGUUCUCAAAUAGAUGCGGCAGAAUCAAUCACACAAACCCGGGAUGGGCAUCAGUAGUCUCGUUGCAGGCCAGUUUCUGGUCUCACAAAGAGCCUGAACACCUGGUCGACAUUGUUGUCGAUGACUCAAGAAAGCUUGUCUAUACGCUGUCAAGCAGAUCGACCAUUCGAACGUAUCACAUGGAUGCGCCUGACCGCUUGAACAAGGUCAUUGAGAAGGAGAAAAUCCACUGUCUGCGCGACAUUGCCCACAUGAUUACACAAUCCAAAUUGCUUACCGACAAGUUAAGAAUAGUAUCCAUAAGCCCAAUUACGAAGCAGGAGGCGUCCAAACUUCAUCUCAUGGCGCUGACUGACUCCGGCUGCCGACUUUUCUUCAGCGCUACAAAUGCGUCAUCGUACCUCUACGGAUCACAAUCCAACCUGGCGCCUCAAAGUAUGCAGGUGCAAUUUAUCAAAUUUCCGCCCAGCCAGAACGCUAGACGGUCGGGACAGUUUGCCCCGACUGGCCAGGCUGGAGAGUCAGUGGUCGAUCUGGAAUCGACCAUGCUCACGGCCAGCCGGCAAGGUAUUCGUUUUGCUCCUGGUUUCUUCUUGGACUUUGUGAGUAGCGGAAGCGAUGCCAAUAUAGACACCUUAUUUGUGUCUGCACCGGAGACGGGACGAAUCAAGCGCGUAUCGCCUACUACACCUCUACGAUACUUUGAGCAGGGGUGCUGGAUUAACAUUGGUAGCAGAGCGGAAGCCGUUGGGCUCAUCACCAAGCCCUUUGCUGCGGCCGCGCAGCCGCUCGGAUUCGGCAAUGAACUUGCAGUACAAUUCGACGAGCCCCCAAGCGAGUUUGCCGUUUUGACCAACACAGGAAUUCACGUCAUUCGUCGACGGCGUCUCGUUGACACCUUUGCUGCUGCAAUCCGCGACGCUCCCGGCGAUGAAGUUUUGGACACCAUUACACGCCGGUUGAUUCAGUUGUAUGGCCGGGUUGAGACCAUCUCAACGGCCCUUGCUAUUGCCUGCGGCCACGGCGGAGAUGGAAGGCCAGGCGCUACGAGGGCUAUCGAUCAGGCGACGGAGGACAGAGCCCGCGCCCUGUUUGUCGACUUUGGCGGCCAACCUACCAUGGCCGAGACCGACGGUACAGCGCUGACCACGGAAUCUGUCAAACUGUCUUCCCGCCAUGAUGCCCUGGCUCUCUAUCUAUCCCGUCUCAUCCGCAAGUUAUGGAAGGCACCCGUUGUCAGAACCGGAGUUUCGCCUACCGGUGGCAUGACAAUUGAUUCUGCGAUUCCCUUGUCCAAACUUGGCACCACUCAAGAAAAUUUGGAGAGGCUCCGGAGGUUCAUCGAGACCAACCGCGGUCUGAUACAGGGAAUGUCUGGCCCAUCUGAUCUCCAAAGGGUUUCUACGAGACAAGAGGAGGUUGCGCUACAGGCCGAACACCAAGCGUUGCAUGCUCUCCAGAAGAUGAUGGAGAGCAUUUCAGAAGGCAUUUCCUUUGUGCUGAUGCUUUUCGAUGAGCGAGUUGCCGACAUCUUCACCAGACUAGAUGAAGUCUCGCGGCAACAACUGAGAGAGCUCAGCUACGAGAAGCUAUUCUCACAGGACGAUGGGAGGGAUCUCGCCAAGCUUCUGGUCAAGGCAAUUGUUAACAGAAAUAUCGAGAGUGGCUCUAAUGUCGAGACCGUAGCCGAUGCCUUGCGAAGACGGUGCGGCAGCUUUUGCAGCCCCGACGACGUCGUCAUCUUCAAGGCCCAGGAGCAACUCAAGCGAGCUUCAGAGCAGCCUGUCAACACUAACCAAUUCCGAAAUCUUCUACACGAGAGUUUGAAGCUUUUCGAAAAGGUUGCUGGCAGCCUGGCGCUUGCCAACUUGCAAGCUGCGGUCACGCAGUAUGUCGACAUGAAAUAUUACGCUGGAGCUGUUCAGUUAUGUCUUGUUGUUGCUCGUGAAAAGGAUCGCGGUAACUCGGCUCUCGCUUGGGUCAAUGACGGCAAGCCACCAGGAGACCCCCGUGCAAAUGCGUUCAACGACCGAAAGCGGUGCUACGAUAUGAUUCAUGACGUGCUUGGCCAUUUGGAUGCCGCGUCAAGUAUUGAGCCAGAAAUGAUUGACGGCAAGCUCACUCUGAUCGCCACCAAGAGACGAGAGGCAUAUGAUGUGGUGAACGGGUCGGAUGAUGAAGUGUUUCACUUUGAUCUAUACGAGUGGUACAUUCAACAAGGAUGGACGGACCGCAUCUUGGCUAUUGACUCCCCUCAUGUCAUUACAUUUUUGGAGCGUCUGGCCGGUACCAAUGUCGAGCAUGCUGAUCUCCUCUGUCGCUUCUACACCAACCGCAGCCGUUUCUUUGACGCCGCAGAAGUUCAAGCCCAGCUGGCCAACUCUGAUUUCCCCAUCGGCAUCAAGGAACGCAUCAGGCUGCUGUCCCUUGCCAAGGCUAAUGCCAACGUCGCGACGGUUGGUGUGAGCCGACAGCAGCAGCAGCAGGUCAACCACCAAGUUACCGACCUCCUCGACGUGGCCAACAUCCAGGACGACUUACUGCAGCGGCUCAAGGCGGACGAUAGGAUUGACCCCGAGCGAAAGGCCGAGAUUGAACUUGCUCUCGACGGUAAAAUUCAGGGGCUCUCAGAGCUGUUCAAUGACUAUGCGGAUCAAGCAGGCUAUUACGAUUUAUGCCUGCUGAUCUACCACGCAGCCAACUACCGCAACCCUACCACCAUCGCGGGAACGUGGAGCAAUCUGAUCCAGCAGACACACGACGAAGUCAUGGCGAGACAGGAGAAGCCCGAACCGGGCAUGCCUACCCCCCCCUUGCCAUACGAGGCAGUCUCCAGCAAGAUCCAGAACAUUGCGCACCACACCUCCCUCGACAGCUUUGUGUUCCCCAUCCAGACACUACUUCCGGAGCUGUGUCGCUAUGCAGUGGCCUACCAGCAGGACGCCACGAUUGGCGCCGAUCCGACAUGGCCUGUACAGCUAUUCCUCACCCUCGGCGUAUCCCACGAUAUGAUUGUGAGAGUGCUCGAGAACAUCUUCGACACCCAGGACUACGGCUUCAGCGGCAUGGCUCGAAACCGCAUCAUCGAGAUCAUAGCGUACGUCGUCAACGACUGGGUUGCAGACGUGCGUCGACGCGGCGGUGCCGGCAAGGGCGGAUCUAUCGGACCCCCCGUCGCCGACCUCGUUGGCCGAUGCGAAUCUGCUCUCCCUCCACCAGGGCAGGGCAACAACAACGGAGGCGCGGAUCUGGCAGACGUCAGACGGGUGUUGAGGUCGCUGAGGAGGGAAAUCUCAGGAUUGAUCGAGAGAGUCCCCACCGGGAGCUUGAGGUUCAUGUGA